GGCUGCCGCCGGCUCUCGUCUGUGGACCCACCGCUUCUGCAGAGGCUCCAUCCAUCCACCGGCGGCGCGCAUUUACUACUACAAGGAGCGUUGCUGACGCGUCAGUAUAGUGCGUAUGGAAUAGUGGACCAGCCACUUGGCACGCGAUGGACCCGAACUAAAGCUGUUGAAUGACGACAGUCUAUUCCGGUCCAUUAUCAGAAGACAAGGAUCAGAGCAGAGUUGAGCGGCGGAACGUGAAAGGAAGAAACCAGCGUGUCGUCUACAGCGGGUAUGGCGUGCAAUUACGGUGACAGCCGCUUGUGGACCUGGCAAAUCCUUCUCACCAUCUCAAUGGUUCUAAUCCCCCUGUCCGCUCACGGGAGGCACGCAAUGGCCCGGCGCCAUCAUCAUCGCAACCAGUCAGCCAUCAACCGCGAAGCCUCCAAUACCAGAAUGGUGCUAAGCGACGACUCGGCGGAGAGAGACCACCUGAUAGAAGCGGGGAUCCCCGCUUUUUCCAAACAUCACCGCUCCCAUAAACACGUCCGUCUAGAUCCCGAUCCAGUCGGGGAGGAGAUCACAGCUGGAGGAGCGGGACCGGAUCAGCCCGGGAACCCCUUGUCUGAUGACAUCAUCACCGUAGAGUUCCACAGUCCGGCGCCGGAGAUUAUGCCCUUUGAUAUUGAUCGUCACGGGGCCAAACUACCCAAACCCCAAAAGCAAAAAGGAAGCAACCCCACAGCUUGGACGCUCUCGGACUUUUACGACUACCUGGCCCCCGAUGACGACCUCUCGGCAUCGGCCCCCACCCAAGAACCCGAGCCUUCCCCUUCGCCCCCGGCCGACAUGGAGGAUGAGAACCCCCUCUUGGCUAACGUCCGCCCUGUCAGUGCGAAACCCGCCGUGGAGAACAAACCCGACUCACCUAGCCAGCCCAAACCGGAUCCUGACGAGAACAAGGACUUGAGCUUGGGUGGCGCCAUGGGGAGCGACGGGUGCCGGCUGGGCUUCGUGCGUUCGGGACCCGGCAUGUGCGUGUCUCAGUGUGACGUGGAACCCAAUUUCUGCUUCAAUGAAGGCGUGUGCAUUGUGGUGGCUGGAGUAGGAGCUUUCUGCAGGUGCAACGUGCAGGACUACAUCUGGAACAAAGGCACACGUUGCGACUGGGCCAUCACAGAGUUCCAGGUGAUGAGUGUGGUGGUGGGCGUGGCUUCGGUGGCCCUCCUCCUCCUCUUCAUGAUCGUGGUGUUCUUCGCCAAGAGGCUGCAUCGUCUCAAGAACGAGAACAGGCGGCUUCGCAAACGCAGUAAGUACCGUCCACAGAGCACGGAGCCACAGACGGACGGCAUCUCGGUUUCCACGGCAGCUGACGGCUCGCAGCCAAACGAUGACCCCCAGAAGCACGAGGACCCGAUCAAGUCCCCUCCGGCCAAAGAAGAGGGCGCCAUGAACAUCCUCAACUCUCAUUCCCCCAAACACGAGAACAACCGGCCAAACUCGGUGGUCCACGACCACAGCCUCAGCCCCGACAACACCGACGACAACACCGAGGAUGGAGUGACUAUUGGUCUCGAGGUGCUCCUCCCCAAAGAUGCCAAGCUGCGCACCGAGAAGAGCUCCCCCCACCAGUACGACGUCUUCCUCUACAAGAUGGCAAACAACGGCGACCCGACGCCGACCAACUCUCAUGGCUCCGCCUCCCAUCACGCAAACAAAUCACCCAAAAGCGCAAAGAGUGCAUCCAAAUCCCCCAAACGCUCCGAGGAUCACCGCGAGCCCCUCUCCGGGCGUCACUCCUCACCCUUCCUGCACCCCUCACCCGGGUCGCCCAGGGGCUACUCCGCCUCCACGCGCCACCAAUCUACCCAUCACUCGCACAGAAGUCGGCCUUCCAGUUCUUAUUACCCCGAAGUGGAAAGAGAGGACGGACACAUCCGUCCGUCUCCUUCCUCGCCUCAUCUAACUCAGCCAUCCUCUUCGCCGUCCAGGGCCAAGUGCAGCCCGGUCAGCACUCGAUCUUUGCCACCACUCUCAUGACGUCUUUUACUCAUCCAGUCAAAUGCGCAAAUAUAAAGAAAGCCGUUUGAGCAUUUAUUCGGUCCAGCUAAAUCCUCGAAUGACAAAUGAAUCCAUAAAACUUUAGUAGUCAUAAAAAGUGGGAUAAAAAUGUCUUAAAGUGUUUUGAGAAAAUUUGAUUCACAGCCAUUUUUUAAUUAUUUAUUUUUGUUUGUAUUCUUAUUAUUAUUCACUCCAUGGAAAUAUUGCAAGCUUGCUAUUGAUGGAUGGCUAGCUGCCAAAUAUUGCAGAAGUAUUUGUCAAGGUUCACUAUUGACCACUUAAGAUGGAUAUUAAGGCUAUCGAAUAAAUGCUCAAACGUGUCAUGACUAACGUAAACAGUCAUUAUCCAUUAGGACUCUAACCUUCAUUAGGCUCAUAGAAUAUAACAAUACAGAAAUAAGUGGAAGUGGGUCAACUAUGCACCAUCCACCUUAAGUUCACAAUUAAAUGGAAACGGAUUCAAUACAAGUCAUUUUCACCAUCUUGGAUGAAACUCAGGUCAAAACUUAACAGAAUAAGCACAAGAUGACCCGUCAAGUGUGAACAAGUUUUCCUAAUCUGGUGCCAAUGUCAGUACAUUUUUAUGAAAGUAGUUUUAGUUAUAUCAGUACAUCUUUUUUUAUUAGUAGUAUUUUACGU